AUGGACUUUUCUCAGUAUGGCGGUCCGUCCGACGAAUGGCUGGCACUGGAGAAGACGCUUCCCGCGCGGACUUUCGACAUCUCGAUGGACCCACUCGUCCUUCAGAAAGCUGUAAACACUGAGAGAGAAGCACGCUCGGCAGAGCUGAAGCAAUUGUUUGCAGCACAUGUCGAGGUCAAAGAUCAUGUCAUUCCAACCCGUGAUGGCUCGACUAUCGAAGCUCGUACCUAUCGAUCUGUAAAGAAAGACGCGUCGGAGAAGCUUCCUGUGUACUUGUACUUCCACGGAGGAGGCUUCAUCUUUGGAUCGUUGGAUAGCGAGGAUCCGCUGUGUUCGCAGACCGCGAUCAAAACUGGAGCGCUUGUACUGAACGUCAACUAUCGCCAUACACCAGAGCACCUCUUCCCAACCGCUUGGAACGAUUCUCAGGAUGCAUUUGUAUGGCUGCAUAAGAACAUCGACGCACUCGGAGGCGACCCAUCCCAAGUCGUUGUCGGCGGCGUCUCAGCAGGCGGCAACCUAGCAGCCUCCCUCACCCUGGAACAGCAUCUCAAAAAGAGUGAGACUAUGGCAGGCCUGCCCACCCUAGCUGGCCAGAUCCUCAUCAUCCCUUUGCUCGCCCACCCAGCUACAUACGAACAAGGCCCCGGCAAGCUACUCAAGAAGUCGACCUCAUCCUACGUCGAGAACGAAGACGCCCCGGUUCUGCCGAGGAGAGUCAUGGAUUACUUCACAGCACUUCUGAAGGCUGGCACACCAGAUCUAAAAGACACAAAGAUGAAUGUAGUGAAUGCGACGGAAGAGGAGGUCAAGGGGUUUCCUCCUACGGUGUUUGGUAUUGCUGGCUUGGACCCGCUGCGCGAUGAGGGGCUGUUGUUUGCGAAGAAGUUGUCCGAGGCUAAUGUGCCCACGUCUACUACGCUGUUCAAGGGCGUUCCGCAUGGUCAUAGGCGUUUUGGGAAAGCGUUGAAGGCGUCUGAGCAUUGGGAUCAGUGUGUCAAUGAUGGCAUACUGUGGGUGCUUUCGAAGCCGAAGGCAACGGGGAGGUUUGAUGUGAGGGUGCCGUAG